AUGACAACAAUGCAAAGACCAGUCCAGAGCUCGCUCCUGUUAGAAGGGGACUGCUUCGACAUGUGGCACGACUACAUGAACCUAGGAUGGCUGCUGAAAAGGCUGUGCGGCAAUCGAGAGGGGGCAAACAGAGACACCGAGGGCCCAGAGAAAGACGCAGUAGCGUUGAGCCAGGAGGACUGCAAACGCUCCACAGGGACCAGUUCAGCCAGCAGCAGCCUGUCUGACACCAGCUGCAGCGGGACUCCCUCAGACUACUGCCGCUUCUGUAAACAGAACGGGGAGUCAGCACGUGUGUACCGGUCACACAGGCUCAAGUCAAACGACGGGAGAGUCACCUGCCCUAUCCUGAGAAACUACACCUGUCCCAUCUGUGAAGCCACCGGGGAGCAUGCGCACACACGCCGCUACUGCCCGCAGGCACCGCGGACGGAGGCAGCGAGGGUCCAGCCGGGCCCCUCCAGGUUCUAG